CUUUGAUUCACUGUAGACAAUAAUUGAAGAACCUCUCGGCAAUAUGAAGCUCAGCAUAGCAUGUGCAACUAUGAUCGUUAUAAUUACCGCGGUGCAUGGUCAACAACAAAUCAGCCAGGAGUGCUUCACACGACCCAAUGAUAAAGACCCGAAGGAUUGUUGCAAAUCACCGGACAUGAUGCCUCCGCGGGAUCAGUUCGCCGCUUGUAUGCAGAAGUUCCCAAGGCCCAGUAGCCCACCAACUCCGGGCAGUGCACCACUAGGCCAAAAUUGUAUGGCCGAGUGCAUGCUUGAAAAGCAAGGCAUUAUGACCGGCGGAGUGAUCAAUAAAGACACAGCCACGAGUAACCUGGUUGCUCUGGCGGGAUCAUCAUCCGACUGGCAAGCAACUACCAAGAAGGCAGUCGACACGUGCUAUCAGAAAGUAUCUUCGAUCGGAACUCAGAAGGAUAGUCUAGGCUGCAGCGUGAUUGCGGGCAGCUUUAUGGAAUGUCUACCGUCGACUAUGUUCUUGAACUGCCCUGCUGCAUCCUGGACUGCUAAUGCCCAAUGCGAUCAAAUGAAAGCGCACUUGCAAAAAGGAUGCCCCCUGAUGACUUUAUUUAAGGGACCUCCUCCACAAUAAGACGACAUUUUACAUAUAGUAACAGUAGUUUUAUAUUUUUUGAUAAAUAAAUAAGAACGGAGUCCAAAUCAAGUA